AUGGCUAAUGUUUUAUUUGAUAACCAGGUUCCAUUGAUGAAACCAUGGUUGGAUGAAGAAGAGUGGUAUGCACUUAAAGAUGUGAUACUGAGUGGAUGGGUAAGCCAGGGACCUAAAGUACAUGAGUUUGAAAAGGUAGUGGCUGAAUUUGUAGGGGCAAAGCAUGCAGUAGCGAUGAACGCCUGUACUUCUGCAAUGCAUGUAGCCAUGAAGAUAGCUGGUGUCAGAUAUGGUGAUGAAGUGAUUGUGGCGGACUCCACCUGCAUGGCAAAUGUAAAUGCGAUUGUAAUGGCAGGAGCGAAACCUGUAUUUGUGGAUAUUGACGGGGAUACAUUUAAUAUUAACCCGGAACUGAUAGCAGCCAAAAUCACUGAGAAAACCAAAGCAGUGAUGAAUAUUGACCAGAUUGGUCUUGCAAAUGACCUGGAUGCACUUCAGGUUAUCUGUGACAAAUAUGGAGUGGCACUUAUCGAUGAUGCAGCUACCGCUUUAGGUGGCCGUUAUAAAGGAACUUACCUCGGCGGACACAAUAUUGUGACUACUUACAGUUUCCAUCCGCGGAAAAUGAUCACCACCGGAGAAGGCGGUAUGCUGGUAACCAAUGAUGACUAUACCGCAGAGCAGGCGAGAAUAUUAAGAGCAACAGGGGCCUCUGUUUCGGAUCUUGAAAGACAUAAGGCCAAGGGAAUGAUCCAGCAAAAAUAUUAUGACAGCGGUUACAACUACCGGAUGACCGAUAUUCAGGCAGCGAUAGGUAUCGUACAGAUGGGCAAGGUGGGGGAAAUGCUUCGCCUGAGAAAAGAACAGGCUGAAAUAUACAAUAAGCAUUUUGGAGAAAUGGAAGAGUUGAAAGUGCCUUUUGUACCAGAUUAUGCCAGCCCGGCCUGGUCGUCGUACUGCCUUAAAAUAACACCGAAAUCUAAAAAAACAGUUGUAGAGAUCGUAACUGCAAUGUCUGCUAUGAAUGUUUCUGUGCGAUAUGGCAUUCAGCCCCUGCAUCAGGAACCUUAUUUCGAACAUAUGAACUAUCGUGAUGAGGAUUAUCCGGUGAGCUGUGCAAUAGCUGAGCAAACCUUCUUUAUUCCUAUCUAUCCGGGCAUGACAGAAGAGCAGCAGUUGUAUGUAGUCAAUUGCUUAAAAAAGAUAUUAUCCUGA